AUGCCGCCGGCGCAGGCGCCCUCCGGCGGCGGCGCCGCGUGGCGCCAGCUACUCCUGCUCCUGACAGUCCUCCUGCUCACGCUCGCUGCGCUGGCUUUCGUGCUCCAGUGGCGCGGCGGCGGCGGCGUCGAUGACCCGACCACGCGCUGGCCCUCCCACGCCUUCCCCGGCAUGGCCGAGCCCACCCCACCGUCCCUCCCCUCGUCCGACUGCACCGAUGUGCUCGUGGGAUCCUCCGCCCCCUCCUUCCCCUACCUCCGCGGCUGGUCCUUCCCCUCCGACUCGGGCGCUGCCAUCCAGACCAUGGCUUCUGUGGAGGAACAUCUCCAGCCCACACCUCUGCGGGGCUUGAGCAGUUCCUGCCCUGGCUCUUCUAUCACAAGGUCGUCGGCGUCGCGCAGUUCCUGCUCUUCGUGGAGGGGAAGGCGGUCAAAGGAGUCCUCGAGUCAAUUCCUGUGGGUGGCAGAAUUCUCUGGGGUAAAAGUGGUGUACAGAACCAAGGAUCUUGAGGAGCGGCAGGCACGGAGUCGAAUCUGGAACGAGACUUGGCUUUCAGGAUUUUUCUACAAACCUUGCAACUAUGAACUCUUUGUGAAGCAAUCACUCAACAUGGAGAUGGCUAUUGUAAUGGCUCGGGAUGGUGGCAUGAAUUGGAUCAUACAUCUAGACACUGAUGAGUUACUCUAUCCUGGUGGAGCUGCUGAGUAUUCUGUUAGACGUUUGUUAGCUGAGGUCCCUCGUGAUGUUGACAUGGGUAUUUUUCCAAACUAUGAAAGCAGUGUUGAGCGCGACAAUAUAAAAGAUCCAUUCAGCGAAGUAUCUAUGUUCAAGAAGAAUUAUGAUCAUCUCCCUAAAGAUACUUACUUUGGCAUGUAUAAGGAAGCGACGCGUGGAAAUCCUAAUUAUUUUCUCACUUAUGGUAAUGGAAAAUCUGCUGCACGAAUUCAAGACCAUCUCCGCCCUAAUGGUGCACACAGGUGGCAUAAUUAUGUAAAGAGCCCAAAUGAGAUCAAGUUGGAGGAGGCUGCAGUUCUGCACUAUACAUACACUAAAUUUUCAGAUUUGACAUCUAGACGCGAUCGCUGUGGAUGCAAGCCUACAAAAGAAGAUGUUAAGAGAUGUUUCAUGUUGGAUUUUGACAGAGCGGUAUGGUCUGUCUACCUAUACUAUACUAGUACAGCCAUCAUUUGGUACAAUGAACGUGUCAUUGGAAGCUGGCCAACCUGCUGUGAAUGCCAAACUCUCAAUGCUGUGAGGGACGGGGACAUUGAUGAAGAAGAAAACCAAUGCGCAGAGCCAAAAUGUUACCACACCUGGGGACUUGACAAGAGUGGUUGGAGCUACUGA